AGGCCCAACCCUCCCUCUCCCUGCCAGGACCCCCAUCUCAUCUCUCCUGGCCCUACUGGCCGCCCACUCGUCUCUCCUGCCCCAUCUUGGCUUCCAGCCCUGGACUGACCAGCUGAUGCCUCCUCCGCACUCCAGCCCCACCCCGAGGAUCUUCGGGAAAACAGAACCUCCCCAUCCCCACAACCAGCUCCCCUCCCAGCUGGCCCGAGCCCACCUUCCUCAUGCUCCUCCGUCCUCCUCCAUCUCAAAGCCCCCAGGCUGGGCACGUCAGGCCCGGGAUCCUGAGCAGCUGGAGGGUUGCAGGGACAGGACUGGCGUGUGACCAGACCCAUUGAAGGUGCCUCCUUCAUGCACGGCUGCAUAUCCUGAGCACUGGAAUCCCCCUGGACAUCCCCUGGCCACCCCAGGCUCCAGGGCCCAGGCCUGCACUACCCAGCCCCAGACUCACUGAGUUGCUCAAGCCCCACCUGAUCUCUGCAAUGUCAUCACUUCUGUGUCCCCUCCUUGUCCUCGUCCUGGGCCUGAGGCUGGCUGGAACUCUCAGCCCCAAUGACCCCAAUGUCUGCAGCUUUUGGGAAAGCUUCACCAUGACCACCAAGGAGUCCCACUCCCGGCCCUUCAGCCUGCUCCCCUCGGAGCCCUGUGGCCAGCCCUGGGAAGGCCCCCACACGUGCCCCCGGCCCACGGUUGUCUACCGGACCGUGUACCGCCAGGUGGUGAAGACGGACCAGCGCCGGCGCCUGCGGUGCUGCAGGGGCUUCUACGAGAGUGGCGGGGCCUGUGUCCCGGUCUGUGCCCAGGAGUGUGUCCAUGGCCGCUGCGUGGCACCCAAUCAGUGCCAGUGUGUGCCAGGCUGGCGGGGUGAUGACUGCUCCAGUGAGUGUGCCCCAAGAGUGUGGGGACCGCAGUGUGACAGGCCCUGUGACUGUGGCAACAGCAGCUCCUGUGAUCCCAAGAGUGGGGUAUGAUCUUGCCCCCCCGGCCUGCAGCCCCCCAACUGCCUUUGGCCCUGCCCCCCUGGUCGCUAUGGCCCUGCCUGCCAGUUCAGCUGCCAGUGCCAUGGGGCACCCUGUGACCCUCAGACUGGAGCCUGUUUCUGCCCCCCAGAGAGAACCGGACCCAGCUGUGAGGUGUCCUGUUCCCUGGGCACUGCUGGCUACUUGUGCCCCAGCACAGAUCCUUGUCACAACGGGGGUAUCUUCCAGGCUCAGGGCUCCUGCAGCUGCCCCCCUGGCUGGACGGGCACUAUCUGCUCCCUGCCCUGCCCAGAGGGCUUCUACGGACCCAACUGCUCCCAUGAGUGUCACUGCCACAACGGCGGCCUGUGCGAUCGAUUCACGGGGCAGUGCCGCUGCGCCCCGGGCUACACUGGGGAUCGCUCAGACCGCCCCGCGGCCCCCUCCGCCCACAGCUGCCACCCGAUGAACGGGGAGUGCUCGUGCCUGCCGGGCUGGGCGGGCCUCCAUUGCAAUGAGAGCUGCCCGCAGGACACGCACGGGCCGGGCUGCCAGGAGCACUGCCUCUGCCUGCACGGCGGCGUCUGCCUGGCCGACAGCGGCCUCUGCCGGUGCGCGCCCGGCUACACGGGCCCUCACUGCGCUAGCCUGUGUCCCCCGGACACUUAUGGGGUCAACUGCUCCGCACGCUGCUCCUGCGACAACGCCAUCGCCUGCUCGCCCAUCGACGGCGCGUGCGUCUGCAAGGAAGGUUGGCAGCGCGGUAACUGUUCUGUGCCCUGCCCGCCUGGAACCUGGGGCUUCAGUUGCAAUGCCAGCUGCCAGUGUGCCCAUGGGGCAGUUUGUAACCCUCAAACUGGAGCCUGUACCUGCACUCCUGGGUGGCACGGGAUCCACUGCCAGCUGCCCUGCCCAAAGGGGCAGUUUGGUGAAGGCUGUGGGAGUCACUGUGACUGUGACCACUCGGAUGGCUGUGACCCUGUUCAUGGACAUUGCCAGUGCCAGGCUGGCUGGAUGGGUACCCGCUGCCACCUGCCCUGCCCUGAGGGCUUCUGGGGAUCCAACUGCAGCAACACCUGCACCUGCAAGAAUGGGGGCACCUGCCUCCCCGAGAAUGGCAAUUGUGUGUGUGCACCCGGAUUUCGAGGCCCAUCGUGUCAGAGACCCUGUCAGCCCGGCCGCUAUGGCAAACGCUGCAUGCCCUGCAAGUGCGCUAACCAUUCCUCCUGCCACCCCUCGGAUGGGACCUGCUACUGCCUGCCUGGCUGGACAGGCCCUGACUGCUCCCAGCCGUGUCCCCCAGGACACUGGGGAGCCAAGUGUGCCCAGCCCUGCCAGUGUCACCAUGGUGGAACCUGCCACCCCCAGGAUGGGAAGUGUCUCUGCCCCCCAGGCUGGACCGGACAGCACUGCUUGGAAGGCUGCCCUUCAGGGAUGUUUGGUGCCAAUUGCUCUCAGCCAUGCCAGUGUGGUCCUGGAGAGAGGUGCCACCCAGAGACGGGGGCCUGUGUGUGUCCCCCGGGACACAGUGGUGCACCCUGCAGGAUUGGGGGGCAGGAACCUUUCACCAGGAUGCCUGCCCUUCCAGUGGCCUACAACUCGCUGGGUGCCGUGAUUGGCAUCGCAGUGCUGGGGUCCCUGGUGGUGGCCCUGGUGGCACUGUUCAUUGGCCCCCGCCACUGGCAGAAAGGCAAGGAGCACCAGCACCUGGCGGUGGCCUACAGCAGUGGGCGCCUGGACGGCUCUGAGUACGUCAUGCCAGAUGUCCCUCCGAGCUACAGCCACUACUACUCCAACCCCAGCUACCACACCCUGUCGCAAUGCGCCCCCAACCCCCCGCCCCCCAACAAGGUUCCGGGCAGUCAGCUCUUUGCUAGCCUGCAGGCCCCCGAGCGGCCAGGCGGGGCCCACGGGCACGACAACCACGCCACCCUGCCUGCAGACUGGAAGCACCGCCGCGAGCCGCUCCCAGGGCCUCUGGACAGGGGGCGCAUCUCUGCAGAGGGGCUGGGGGCCAGCGUGGUCUCUCUGAGCAGCGAGAACCCCUACGCCACCAUCCGCGACCUGCCCAGCCUGCUGGGGGGGGCCCGGGAGAGCAGCUACAUGGAGAUGAAGGGGCCCCCCUCGGGGGCUCCCCCUCGGCAGCCUCCUCAGCCCCGGGAAAGCCAGAGGAGGCGGCACCCCGAGCCACAGAGGGACAGCGGCACCUACGAGCAGCCCAGCCCCCUGACCCACGACCGAGACUCAGUGGGCUCCCAGCCCCCGCUGCCUCCAGGCCUGCCCCCUGGCCACUACGACUCGCCCAAGAACAGCCACAUCCCUGGACACUAUGACUUGCCUCCGAUACGGCAUCCCCCGUCACCCCCACUUUGGCGCCAGGACCGCUGAGGAGCCCAGAUGGUGUGGCAGAGGCCAGCACGCCUGGCCUUAGGACCCAAGGCUGGGGACAGAGCCUGGCAUGCCCUGCCAGGAGCAGGGAGGGGCCGGCAGGCCAUGAGCACGUGUACCUGCCUUAGAGGAAGUGGGUGGACAGCCGGGAGCCUGGUCCAGGUUCCAGCAUGGAGACACCGGCCUGCAGACAUCUGCUUCCCUCCCCUGGCGCCGCUCCCCAAGGCCCCCAGGGCCCCAUGUACAUCAACUGGUGGGUCAGGUUCAGUGGUGUGAUGACUGACCAGUCUGACUUCAAUGUGUACUGGGUACCUUUUCCUUGCACGCUGAGUAGGGCAGUGUGUGUGUGUGUGUGUGUGUGUGUGUGUG